GAGGAGAGGGGGGGCCGCCUCGCCGGCGACGCCAGAAGCGCUGCAGCAGGAUGGAAUUGAAUGAGAAAGCAUGCUGACUAACAAGCCAGAAUCAGUAACUUCAAAUUUGUGAUUUUUGUUGCCUGCACUGGGAGUUGUGAUCUUGAGUUUGAGCUGCAGAAUCUUUCCAAGUGACUCCAGAAGUGUUUAAACAGCCAUGGCAUUCUUCACUCCAUGGAAAUUGUCCUCUCAGAAACUUGGCUUCUUUCUAGUGACUUUUGGCUUCAUUUGGGGAAUGAUGCUCCUGCAUUUUACUAUUCAACAGAAGACUCAGCAUGAAAGCAGUUCAGUGCUUCGUGAACAAAUAUUGGAUCUCAGUAAAAGAUACAUAAAAGCAUUAGCAGAAGAGAAUAGAAAUGUAGUGGAUGGACCUUAUGUUGGGACAAUGACUGCAUAUGAUUUGAAGAAAACUCUUGCUGUCUUACUGGAUAAUAUAUUGCAGCGUAUUGGGAAGCUUGAGUCUAAGGUUGAUAACCUUGUAAUCAAUGGCACAGGUGCAAAUUCUACAAAUAGUACCACCACUGCAGUUCCUAGUUCGGGAACAGCUGAAAAGCUGAAUGUUGCAGAUCUCAUUAAUGGAGCCCAGGAACAGUGUGAAUUGCCUCCCAUGGAUGGUUUUCCUCACUGCGAGGGCAAAAUAAAAUGGAUGAAGGAUAUGUGGAGAUCUGAUCCUUGUUAUGCAAGUUACGGUGUUGAUGGAUCCACAUGCUCAUUCUUUAUUUACCUCAGUGAGGUUGAAAAUUGGUGUCCUCGUUUACCCUGGAGAGCAAAAAAUCCCAAUGAAGAAAUGGAUCAGAAGACAAUGCUGAAGGCUGAAAUCAGAACCAAUUUUGAUUUGCUGUACAAAAUGAUGUUGAGACAUGAAGAAUUCCGAUGGAUGAUGCUGCGAAUAAAGAGAAUGGCUGAUACUUGGAUAGAAGCAAUAAAAUCACUUGCUGAAAAACAAAACUUGGAGAAGAGAAAACAAAAAAAGGUCCUCGUUCAUCUGGGACUCCUCACAAAAGAAUCUGGAUUCAAGAUUGCAGAGAAUGCCUUUAGUGGUGGCCCACUUGGUGAACUAGUGCAGUGGAGUGAUUUAAUUACAUCUCUCUAUUUACUGGGCCAUGACAUAAGGAUUUCAGCUUCGCUGGCAGAGCUCAAGGAGAUUAUGAAGAAGGUAGUUGGUAACAGAUCUGGCUGCCCUACACAAGGGGAUAAAGUGGUAGAGCUUAUUUAUAUUGACAUUGUGGGACUCACUCAAUUUAAGAAAACUCUUGGUCCAUCCUGGGUUCAUUAUCAAUGUAUGUUACGGGUGCUAGAUUCCUUUGGGACUGAACCAGAGUUUAAUCAUGCUCACUAUGCCCAAUCUAAGGGCCAUAAAACGCCAUGGGGGAAAUGGAACCUUAAUCCACAACAGUUUUAUACAAUGUUUC